GACUUGCCUCUCUACCAAGCACCGCUUUCUAUCUCUUCCUCCCUCCUCUUUCCAAAUCUUACCCAUUCAUCAUGACCGUCGCUCAUGGCAACUACACCACCGAGAAGGUCACCUACCCAUCGCACGGCGAAACCAUCGCCGGUGUGCUCUUCAAGCCCAAGAAUGUCAAGAAUUCGCCCGGCGUUGUGGUCACCGGCCCCUACUCGUUCUGCAAGGAACAGGCCCCCUUCCAAUAUGCCACCCGCCUGGCCGACGAGGGCUACGCUGCCCUCAUCUUUGACCCGCGCACGGUGGGCGAGAGCACCGGCGAGCCGCGGCGGCUGGAGAACCCUCAGAUGAAAAACGAAGACAUGAUUGCCGGUCUCGACUACCUCGAGAGCCGCAGCGACGUCGACAAGUCCCAGCUGUACCUCGCCGGCAUUUGCCAAGGCGGCCCGCAGUCGCUGGACAUGGCCGCCAAAGACGAUCGAGUUAAAGCGGUGGCCGCAGUGACGGGCUACUUUCGAGAUCACGAGACGGACAUCUACAUGAUCUCGGCCGGUUGUGUGAAUUGGACGCCGGGUGCGGACAUCGGUGCAAUGAAGAUGCCCACGCCGGAGCAGGGUGAGAAGCUGCUCAAGGAGCGGUUGGAGCGGGCAAAGAAGGCCAGGGAAGUGUUUGAUAAGACGGGCGAGGUGCAGUACCAGCCGAUGGUGGACCCCAAGGCGGCCGACCCGGACUCGGGCGCCCUCGCUGGCCUCCCCGGCCCGGUGGUCUGGGCCUUCUACGGCCCCUGGACGCUGAAAAACUUUGAGAACCGCUAUGCGGUGCACAGCGACCUGGACCACUUUGCGUACACGACGGUACCCGGGGUGGCCAAGCUCAACAAGCCCGCCCUGAUCAUUCACGGCGACAACAGCAUGAACCCUGCGGCCGCCAAGCGUCAUUUCGAGUCGAUUCCCACCAAGGAUAAGAAGCUCAUCUGGCACAAGGAGACCAACCACUUCCAGCACUACGAGCAGCCCGACGUUGUCGACCAAAACGUGGGUGAAAUUGCCCAGUGGUUUGCUAAGGCCCGGUCGGGUUAAUUGCAGGAAAAGUGGAUCUGCUCGUCGCCAAU